UUCAACAGACAAAAAGGGCUGCGGUUAAAUUGCUGAUGUCAGUACUUCGGUGCAGUAUUCCGUGGUGCAGACAGUAAGGGGCUGUUGCAGCGGUAUUUUUGCGAUCACAUGCACGGCUGUAUCGGGAAGAUGUUGUCUCUCAUCAAGGGUGUUUCGUUGUUCUCUUUGUUGUUUCUCGUCCUGGUCUCCACAGUUCAUGCUAAAAGGAUUUUUAGAUGUCCUUCUGCAUGCACUUGUACCAGGGAGUCUAUUAUUUGCGUCGGGUCUUCCAGCGUCCCACGGAUUAUUCCAAAUGACAUCAAUUCCUUGAGCGUUGUAAAUGGAACCUUCAAUGAAAUCAAGGAGGGGAUGUUUUCCCAUAUGCCUUCUCUGCAGUUGCUGCUUUUGAAUUCAAAUGCAUUUUCUUCCAUAAAAGAUGAUGCCUUUUCUGGGCUUCUACACCUUGAGUAUCUAUUUGUUGAAAACAACAAAAUAGAGGCUACCUCUAAGCAUUCAUUCAGAGGGCUUCGGGAUUUAACACAUCUGUCCUUGGCUAACAACAAUAUCAGAUAUUUGCCAAGGGAAGUCUUCAGUGAUUUGGACUCAUUAAUUGAAUUAGACUUGAGAGGCAACUCUAUAGAAUGUGACUGCAAAUCCAAGUGGCUUUUAGUCUGGCUGAAGACUACCAACGCUACAGUAUCAGACGUGUACUGUGCUGGUCCAGCAGAACUGAAGGGCAAGAAGCUCAAUGACCUUCAGUCUUUGAACCACGAGUGCACAUCUACAGACUUUGUCCUUCACCAGACUCUGGCUUUCCAGUCCUUGUCAGUAGACAGCUUUGAUUAUAAAAAUGACGUCUAUGUAGCCAUUGCACAGCCGAACAUGGAAAACUGCAUGGUGGUGGAGUGGGACCACAUUGAGAUGAACUUCAGAAGUUAUGAUAACAUUACAGGGCAGUCAAUAGUUGGAUGCAAAGCCAUACUGAUCGAAGACCAGAUCUUUAUUGUAGUAGCACAGCUAUUUGGGGGCUCCCACAUCUACAAGUAUGACGAAAGCCAGACCAAGUUCACAAAGUUUCAGGACAUUGAAGUUUCCAAAAUCUCCAAGCCUAACGAUAUCGAGGCCUUCCAGAUUGACACAGAAUGGUUCUUUGUGAUAGCAGACAGCUCCAAAGCUGGGCUGUCCACACUGUACAAGUGGAACACUAAAGGAUUCUACUCCUACCAGUCCCUGCACGAAUGGUUCAGGGAUACGGACUCAGAGUUUGUUGAGCUGGACGGAAAGCCACACUUAAUACUGGCCAGCAGGUCCCAGGUCCCAGUGAUCUUCCAGUGGAACAAGAGCUCUAAGAAGUUCACCCAGCAAAGUGAAAUCCCCAACAUGGAGGAUGUUGUUGCGGUGAAGAGCUUCCAGAUCAAGAACGAGCUCUACUUGGCCUUGACCAGGUUCAUUGGUGAUUCCAAGGUCCUCAAGUGGACUAACAAGCAGUUUGUGGAUAUCCAGUCUGUGCCCUCUCGGGGCUCUAUGAUCAUGCAGCCCUUCUCCUUCAAAGAACGCCACUACCUCGCUCUGGGAAGCGAUUACACCUUCUCACAGAUCUACAUCUGGGAUGAAGAGAAAAAGCUUUUCGUCAAAUUUAAAGAGAUCUACAUUCAGGCUCCCCGUUCCUUCACAGCGGUGUCCACAGACAGAAGGGAUUUCAUAUUCACCUCCAGCUUCAAGGGAUACACUCAGAUAUUUGAGCACACCAUUGUUGAUUUAAGCUUGUGAAUAGGAGGUGUACUGUAAUAGGUAAGCAAGCAGGCAAACGUCUUCCAUAGCUGAGAGUGUGAAACCGAAACCCCUGAAAAAAACAGGUUAACUCCAUUCCAUCUUGCGCUGUUUUCUGACUUUUAAUGGGUUUUUAAUAUGGCAUUACCAGGUAUUUAACUCUAAUGAGUAUUGUAUGCAUUUUUACUGAUUUGAAUCGAUUAAGUUUAUCCCAGGUAGCACUCUUUUAACUGUUUGAUAUGAAUUCAAUCCUGAACUAGAGGAAUAUGAUCGUAAGACCCAUUUGUUUUUAUUUAAAUCACGGGAGAUAUGGUGAUGUUGUAUUGCCUUAUGUCUAAAAGGGUUGUGUGUUUAAUUCCCUGUAGCAUCGGUUAUGCUAGACUACUUGCCCAUGAAGAUAUCAUGCCAAGUCCCUCCUGGCUGCACUGUUGUAGGUAUUGCUUCAGAAGAGCAGAUGCCUGACAAGCGCUUCUUCAUUAGACAAGACCACACACCUCAAAGAGGAAAGAAAAACAGAAACUAUGCAAAAGUAAGAACAGCAUUGCAAAGGAAAUACACGUCUCCUUACGAGAAUAAUUCCAACACUCCCCUUUGAUGACAUACGUUUAAUGGAUUGAUACAAGCUCUGUUGAUUCCAUGCAACAUUUAUUAUCCAUUUACCCCAAAUCAGCUCCCAUGGAAUCUACAUAUAUUGGGAUCUCUCAAUAGAUAAUCAUCCUACUAUCAAAAAUAGGUAGACUUUUAAAAAGCAAUACGUCCCACAAGUAUACGCCCAAAUGUUAGAAAUUUACUGCCAGUGCAGAACGUUCUCUUCAUUUUACACCUGCAACAGUGACUGAUACAAUAGGCCAACAACCAGCAAAGUUUUUUUUUUUAAUGCACCAAUGUAUGUUCCUCUUUCCUAGCCCUGUGUAGUUCAAAAACCACAGUAAAAGUGUUUGCCAUUUUGCUCAUUAGCUAUGCAUAUUUAUAUAUUAAAGUAAGCAGGUUCUCCUCUAUAUACAGAACAUUAUUCUUGCAUGGAUCUGUACCAUACAUUCAGUAGACUUGUAGGUUAUGAGGGUUUUCUCAACCUAUUUGAAAUAUUAAUAUAAUGUUCACAGAAUAUUGAUCUGUGUUGUUUUUCCAUGCCAGUGAAAUUUUGCACACAACCCAGAUAUAAAUAAUCUGCAAUACUUAUACUACUACCAAUAUUUAAUUAUACUACGGUACUAUAUCUAACAGUACCACUUAAUCAAAUAUGCAAGUUGUAUGAGAUUUUUUGUAUAUAUAUAAUAAUCUUAUUGAAUGUUAGCCUUGUAGAUAUAAUUGAAAAAGAAUAAAAUGCUGAUGAUAAACAGAA